AUUGUGGAUUGUGGGCGAGGAAGGAAUGGAUUUGACAUUAACGCUGGAUAAGAAGCUGCAGGGUUUCCAAUUAAUUGCGCAAGAAAAGCUGCAGGCCAUACUAUGCUCCAUACCGGGAAAGAAGGAGCUCAUUCUUGAGCCGGCGCUAAUAAAACCGCUUGAACACGUAUGCACAGCAUCCUGGUUAAAAUUAAAGGGCAUUCAGCGCAUCUAUAAGCACGAUGCCAAGCAGUGCAUCCCACGAGUCGAUGACCAAGUGCACAUCUAUAUGAUUCGCAGCACACUGAGCACGUUUCAAGCGCUGCUCAGCCAACUGCAGGCCACGGCCACGCCCACUGAUGUGGCAUCAGAUGUGCUGAAAAUGUACGGAAGAAAUGAUGCUGAAACAUCAAUUCAAGUAACAGCGUACCACAUUAUCUGCGUGCCCAGCUGCUAUGCAUAUUUUCAAACGUUACUGGAACAGUCUGGACUUUGGGGCUUAGUACAACUGCAUCAUUACAACUGGGAUUUCAUAUAUCUGGACCAGGGCGUGCUAAGCAUGGAGCUGCCCAAUGUCUUCGAGUGCUUGUACCUGCAACAGAAUACCUCACCGCUGCCUGCCCUGGCGCAGAGCCUUCGCAUUCUUCAAAUCCUUUGUGGUCGUCCGGAACUUGUGGUCACCUUUGGCAACCACUCGACACAGCUGCUUAAAAUGCUACAGACACUGGGCGAUUGGCCAAGUCCCGCAAAAUCAGAAAUUGGCGCCAUAAUAAUUGUGGAUCGGGACAAGGAUUAUGCCUCCAGUUUAUUAACGCCCGCCAUCUACUCCGGCCUGCUCUUGGAGGUGUUUCAACAACGGGCCGGCGAAAUUAUCAUCGAUAAUACAACGAAUAAAAUACGAAGUCAAAAGCUGCAGGUGCUAGAUCUCAAAACCGAAUCAACUGGAUCCACUGCAGCACCGGCCAAGGCAAGCAGCAUACGUAUGAAUUCCGCCUGUGAUGAAAUCUACGGGGACAAUAGAUAUAAGCACUUCUCCCAGGCCAGCAGCUUGGUCCGGGCGCAAGCCAAAGCCCUGGGCCUGGAGGUGCAAAAGCUUAGUGACAUGAAGCUGGACGAAAUGCACGACUAUGUGGCCCGCAAGCUGCCCAAAAUAACCGAAAUGAAGGCUAAGGUGCUGCGCCACUUGAAUGCAAGCGAAAUUGUAAUCGAAAUGCUCGCAGGCAAUUUUCGCAAGGUGCAAUCUUUAGAGGAGGACAUUCUGAACAAUGUGUCGCGCAAGCGGCUGCUAUCCGAAAUAGAUGAGCUGUUGAUCACGGAUGGACAACGAUUUAACACAUUGCGCCUACUAUGCCUGCUGCAUUUAUGCGCCGGCAUUCUUCCAGAAGAGCUGCAAACAUUUGCCCGAAACUAUUGCAAUCUCUUUGGCCACCAGGAGUUGGUUGUGUUCCAGCAACUGGCACAGGCUGGGCUGCUGCCUCCGCUUCUGCCAGAUAAGGAUAAAGGGCAGAGGGCGCCCACCAAGCUGCUGUCCAAUCUGCCACUGCCCAAAUUUAAGCAGACCGAGUUCCAAGCAAACGCCAAUCGUCUCAAAUUGUUGGUGUCCUGUGCUGAUGGUGAUAUUGAUGGUGCCGAUGGGCACGCAGAAAGCAAACAAGCUUCACAGCAGGCAUGCCCCAGCUUCGUCUUCAAUGGCACUUACAUCCCGCUAGUGGCCCAGUUCUGCUCCAUUCUCCUAAAGUCAAACAGCGCCGAUGAGCUUGCCAACAAGCUAUCGAUGGUGGAGGGCGUGCAGCUCCAUCUAAACAAAUCUCCGCCCCUAACACCGAAGGCCUAUGCCACGCAAUUUAAGUCCCACAGCUGCAAAUCUCAAACGGAUCUUUUGCCGUUGCGCCUGCGUAAUUUAUUUGUUUUCGUCGUUGGCGGCUCGACCUAUGCCGAAGUUGGCGCCUGUGAUUUCGUAUCAAAGCUAAUGGGUGCACAGAUCACUGUGGCCUCCGAUACUCUUUUUGCAGGCAGUGAUCUAAUCGCAAACGCCUUUCCUAAAUGAAUCGGCGAAAAAACAGGGAUUGCACAAAAUGACAUUUUCAUGUAGCUCUUAGUUUUUUGGAUGCGUGUAUUUUGUAAUGCGUAUUUUUUAUCUUUUGCUAAUAAAAGGCUUAAAGUACAA